AUGCCCGAGUACAUCAAACAAGUGGCAAUCACUGGCGACAUUUCACGAAUCGGAACCGAUGUGAGUGCCAAUAGAAUUUCGCGUCAAAAUCGACUGUUUUUUUUUGUUCAGGACGAUCUGAUCCGCGCGUGGUGUUCCGAAGUGGCCAAGGAGAUUUACGAGCAAAAAUGCGAAUUCGCCGUCGUCCACGUGCAAGGACUCCAUUCGGCCGAAAACCCGGACUAUGCGGCCAGAGUCAUUUGUGGAUGGUUCGCCAUUUUUUCGUCUCCAUUUCUGCUCGAAACUCGCACAUUUUUCAGCAUAACCGACAAUCCGGAAAUCUACCGCGCGUUCGACAGCUCGAUGGCGUUCUUCGACACCAAACUCACUGUAAUUCGCUCGAAAAUAUUGAAGCAUGCGCCACGGCGACCAAAAACGUAGAAAGGGGCGUGGCCUAGCGUGCACGGUUUAUCACCACUUUGGCGCGAAAUUCGAAAUUUAACACCAUUUUUCAUGUUUUUCGUCAAAAAUUACCCAAAUUUUGUACGAUUUCGACGAUGUAAUUGCAUAACUUUAUUAAACUAAUCAUCGCGCACACUUUUUUAACUUAAAACGAGCAGGUUUCAUUCAGAAAUGAAUCAAUUGAAUCGAUUUUAAGUUUUUUGCUGAAAAUGCGCGAAUUUCAGUCAUUUGCCGAUACUUUUUGCCCGUUCGAACGCUUAAAAUACUUGUAUUAACGUGCUUAAUCACUUCCGACACUCACUUCGUCUCAAAACUAUCCACAUCGGCCGCGGUAUGAAAAUUCCGAAAUUGCGGCGGCGAUUGGCCGCGGAGAGCCUAUUGCGAAAUAUGCGAAAAACGUCUCAAACGCGACGUUUUCACGAAAAUUUCAAUGUUUUCUCUCUUUCAUGUGCUCUUCUUUCGUCGAUAUUAAACACAAAAAUAUCGGAAAAGUGCUGAAAUUGCGGCAAUUUUCAGAAAACGCGUCUCAGAUUAGGCCACGCCCAUUUCUACACUUUUGGUCGCCGUGGCUUAAGCACUACUUUUUCAUUUUUAAAUCCAGGGUCUUGGCAACUUGUACCUGUUCAAAAAUCACUCGCAAGUGCAGUACUAUGACCGGUUCUCGGCCACCGGCUACAUUAACGUUCGUCUCGGACAUCAACACGCGAUCGGUAGGCCAAAAAUAAUGGGGAAUAUCUGGAAAAUUGAGAGUUUCAGGAGCCAAGGAGUCGGACGGGUUCAUUCAGAACACUUUCGGACAGAGUUACACCUUUCGCAAGGAUUUCUAUGUAAGUUUCUCAACAUUUAUCAUACGUUUGGCCGUCACUGACGGCUUUGCGUCGUUUUCUAACAUUUCCCUGCCAGUUUCUUGGCCAUUCUAUGCAAUGUGUUCAGAAUCGGACUCCCGGACGUCGAGUGACGAUGUCAGGUGUCCAAAACUCCUAGAAAUCUAGACCAGUACCUAGUUUGCAAGACUGAUAAAGGACUUUUUUGCAGAACGACGACGGAACGCGCGACUUGGCCAACCAACGCACCGGUUUCCUGCUCUCCAGAUUCCGAAUCCACGGCAUCGAAAUGACGUUCGUCAACCUGAAUCUUCACUCGGUUCCGUUUGAAGACGUCAACGAGAUCGCCACGAAAGACUCGAACAUUACAAAGGCGGCGGCGAAGAGGGAGGAGCAGAUUGAGAUGUUGCUCAAAGAGUUCGUUCGCUUUUUUUUCAUCUUUUUUUUCCGGGACACGGUCUCCUGAGCUUACAAUGGGCGCAAGUGCGCCCCGCCCAAUAGAGCGAUACAUUGGCGCAAAAUUCAAAUUUUAACAGCAAAAUUUGUGUUUUUUGCCAGAUUAGCUACGAAAAACCGAUAAUUUCUGAUUUAUCUCUUGAUAGACCGAUUGUAUAGUCUAUUACGAAUUUUUUAAGCGCAAGAGCGUUAAUAUUGGUCAAGUCGCAAAUCACAUUUAUCCGUUUGAAGGUUUUUAGCUAAAACUGCGUGAAUUUCAGUUGCUUUUCGGUAGUUUUCGCGGUUCGAGCGCUAAAAAUGCUUGUACUUACGUAAUUUAUCAUUCUCAAAACCAAUCCUGUCAGAAAACGGUCAAGAAAGCGCAAAAUGAGAAGUGCGGUUUUUAGGCGGCUAUCGGCGGCGAAGGCGAAAAAGCAAAGUCCGCGAAAAAUGCGCCAAAAAGUCAUUAAUUCUGAGAAUUAGUGUGUUUUCAUGUCGAACAAUCAUUUUUCAUCGCCUUUGGCCACAAAAAUCAGAGAAAAUCUGCUCAAUUCGUGAAAACGUCAUUUGGCCGCCGAGGCCACGCCCAUAUUGUCAGCUCUGGAGACCGUGGCGAAAGUGUCUAGUAAAGAAUUGAAAAAAAAAGUUACCGUGUUUCCAGAUUAGACGAGGAAGGCCUCCGCAACGACGCGAUUCUCGUGGCCGGCUCGUUCAACUCGCAACUCCACGAGACGGACCUGCUCAACUACCUGGCACGCACGCAAUUGGUGCAAACUGUGGCCAAGAGGGACGAGGACGGAAACAUCGAGUCGAUCGAGCACGUCGAUCGGCACGGACGCAGAACGACGACUGUCGAGCGGACCCGCUUCGAUUUGCACUCGAUCCACGACUGGUUCUUCCGAUUGGGCAGGGGCCAGAUGGUGAAGCGGUACAACGGAGAACUCGCCAGCUUGUCGUUCAAGGGCAAUUUGAAGGAGGAGACCUGCUUUUUCCAGCCUUCCCGCCAUUACGAGCUCAACGAAAAGGGCAAGGAGGAGUUUCAGCGGACUUUGUGCCCGGCGUGGAGUGAUCGCAUUUUGUACAACGACCGAAUGAACGAUCUUUUCCGACAUGUAACCUCAACUUUCAUUUCUGAAAUAAUUUACGCAUGUUCAGGACUCAUUCUGCGCGUCCGGACUCUACUACGGCCUCGUGGCCGAGGAAAAAUUCGUGGGACCGCACAAGCCAGUCGCUCUUCACGCGUCGAUUUGUCUGAAAUAA